AUGCUUCUUGAAUCUGCUUCAAUCUAUGUUCAGGAGAACUGGAUUCAAGUUAUUCUCACUUCGAUUGCACUCUUCUUUGCCUCUCAGACAUUUUACGCAGUCUUCCUUAACCCAAUCGCCAAAUAUCCAGGGCCAAAAUUCGCUGCCGCAUCACGGAUACCCCAACUCUACCACACCUUCAAAGGCGACCUGCUCCAAUGGAUCAAUAAACUCCACGUCAAGCACGGUGAUAUCGUUCGCGUCGCACCAGACGAGCUAAGCUAUGCCAGCGGAGAAGCCUGGAAAGGAAUCUACGGUCACGCUGCUGCCGGAAAGAAAGUCACCGAAAAGGACGCCCGAUUCUACGGCCCUUCUUUCAACGGAGCGUCAGAUAUCAUCCGCGCGAAUGGAACCGAUCACUCACGUUUCCGACGCAACUUCUCGCACGCCUUCUCUGAUCGUGCUCUUCGCGAUCAACAGCCGCUGAUCUGUCAGUACGUGGAUAUGUUGAUUGAGAGACUCAACAAGGAUAUCAAGCAGGAUCCCAAGAUGAAGGUCAACAUGGUUCGCAUGUUGAAUCUGACUACAUUUGAUAUUAUGGGUGAUUUGACAUUCGGUGCUUCCUUGGAUCUGUUGGCUGGCACUGGAAACUUGAACUGGGUUGCUGCCGUGUUCGUCAGUAUGAAGACCAAUGCUUUGCGCAGACUGGCUCGCUACUGGCCUGCGACUGCGUCUAUUGCUCGGAGCCUCAUUCCAGAGGAGUUGAAGCAGCAAAGCAUCUCUCACUACCAGGCUUCUCAGGCUCGUGUUGAUACACGAAUUGAUGUGAACCAAGCGUCGACCAAGCCUGAUAUCUGGGGUAUUGUGAUGAACCAGAAGCAGCAUCUGCGCCUUAGCCGUGAGGAGAUGUAUGCCAACUCGCAGGUCUUCAUGGUUGCUGGUACUGAGACUACCGCCACUGCGCUGAGUGGAAUCCUUUACCACCUGCUGAGGGACCCUGCCAAGAUGGACCUCAUUGUGAAGGAGAUUCUUGAGACUUUUGAGAAGGAGGAGGAUAUUGAUAUGCGAGCCCUGGAACACAUGACUUAUCUCAAUGCCUGCAUUGAGGAGGGCUUGCGCAUCUACCCCCCCAGUUCCUACCGUAUUCCUGGAAAGACCGCUGUUGCCGUUCAGCAAUGGGCUACCUUCCACAACCCCAAAAACUUCAGACUGCCAGACGAAUUCAUUCCUGAGCGUUGGAUCGGUGAUGAAUUUGCCAGUGAUAAUAAGGCAGCCUUCCAGCCAUUCUCAUUUGGCCCCCGCAACUGCCUUGGAAAGAAUCUGGCAUACCACGAAAUGCGCCUCAUUCUUUCGAAGAUGUUGUUCAACUUCGAGUUUUCUCUUCUUCCUGAGUCUAUUGGAUGGGAAAAUCAGAAGACUUUCUUCCUAUGGGAGAAGAACGAUUUGAUGGUUCAGCUGAAGAAGAGAAAUUAA